CGUUAGCCACAUAUAUCCACUUUCUGUUUCACGUUUGGAUAGAAGCGAAAGAGAUACAGCAUCAUGGCCAUCGGUUCCACAGCCACAAUCGCUCCUCCGGCAGCCACAUUGACCUUCGCGUUUUCCCACGGCGAGCCAUCUUCAGUACGUGCAGCUCGGAUUUGCAGUUGGAACAGAAGUGUAAAUAGACGACGAACAGUGCGGGUGGAGAUGGCUUCCUUGAACCAUGGCAGUAAAGAAAGGCUCUACCUGGGUAUGGAUUUUGGAACUUCUGGUGCGAGAUAUGCUGUUGUAGACAAACAAGGGACGCUUCAUUCUGAAGGGAAAAGGGAAUACCCAAUUUACAAGAAUGAAGAAGAAACAAUGGAUUGGGUUCGUUCAUGGAGAACGACACUCUUCUCGCUGCUAGAAGAUGUUCCAAGUCAUCUCAGGUCGCUCGUUGCUUCUAUUUCCAUCGAUGGCACUUCAGCAACUACGAUCAUUGUGGACAGCAACACUGGAGAGCCGAUAUGGAGACCGUUCCUUUACAAUGAGAGCUGUCCUGAUGCUUUGCCGAUUGUGAAAUCCAUUGCUCCUCCAACUCAUACAGUCUGCUCUGGAUCGUCGACCUUGUGCAAGCUUGUCUCAUGGUGGAAUAUCGAUGGUCCGAGGAAGGAAUCUGCGUUGUUACUCCACCAAGCAGAUUGGCUGUUGUGGCUUCUUCAUGGGAAGAUUGGAGUCACAGAUUACAACAAUGCUCUCAAGGUUGGCUAUGAUCCUGAGUCGGAAUCCUAUCCUCCAUGGCUGCUCAGUCAGCCGUAUGCGAAACUGUUGCCUUCUGUUUCAGCUCCUGGAGCUUCCAUUGGCCACUUGAAGGAUGAUAUCAGAACUCAAUUUGGAUUUCCAGGGGAUUGUGUUGUAUGUGCCGGCACAACAGAUAGUAUAGCUGCUUUUCUUGCAGCACGGGCAACGGAACCAGGGAAAGCUGUUACUUCUCUGGGUUCAACUAUGGCUAUUAAGUUACUGAGCAAUACGAGGAUCGAGGAUGCACGGUUCGGUGUGUACAGCCAUCGCCUGGAGGACAAAUGGCUCGUUGGAGGUGCAUCAAAUACCGGCGGGGCUGUUCUCAGACAACUGUUCUCUGAUGGGCAGCUAGAGGAAUUGAGCGAACAGAUAAAUCCUGCAGAAGCUUCUUCUCUCGAUUACUACCCACUCAAAGUUGUUGGUGAAAGGUUUCCCGUGGCUGAUCCUGACAUGGCUCCGAGGCUGCAUCCGAGACCAGAAAGCGAUGUUGAGUAUUUGCAUGGCAUUCUAGAAUCCAUUGCACGAAUCGAGGCAAAAGCAUACAACUUGUUGAGAGACAUGGGAGCAAGUGGAGUUGAACAAGUGUUCACAGCAGGAGGCGGAGCGAAGAACGAGAAGUGGAUGCAGAUCAGGGAGAGAGUAAUCGGCGUCCCUGUCAGCCGGGCAAUGCAGACUGAAGCUGCUUAUGGAGCUGCAUUGCUGGCCUUGAAGGGUUACCCGAACGCCGAGUAAAGCAAUGAACACCUACAGGUUUUGGCUUGAUACUAAAGAAUAUGGAAUGGU